CCAAGUCAUCAGAUUUUGAAUGGCUUUUGCGGUCAAACAGUUGCUAGGCUUCUCUUGGAAGCACUAGUGGGAGAAAUAGGCGGCAGCCCUAGCGAACAGUCCCGUCACGAGAAGAAGUCAUGGCACAAGGCACCGGCAUCAUCUGCACAGAGGUUAACGGCCGCGGGGCGGUGGUCGAGGGGGAGCGACAGCGGCGGAGAGUGGCCAUUGUCGGGGCGGGUCUGGUGGGUUCUUUGGCGGCCCUAAACUUUGCCCGGAUGGGCAGCCACGUGGACUUGUACGAGUAUCGCGAGGACAUUCGGAGCGCUGCUCUCGUGCAAGGACGCAGCAUUAAUCUGGCCCUCUCCCAACGGGGACGCAAGGCCCUGGCUGCUGUGGGCCUAGAGGAGCAGGUCGUGGCCACCGCCAUACCCAUGCGGGGACGAAUGCUUCACGAUGUGACCGGGCGGACCAGUGUGGUGUUGUACGACCCGUGCACCCAGCAGUGCCUCUACUCCGUGGGUCGUAAGCAGCUCAACGAGGUGCUACUCAACGCCUGCGACAAGCUACCGAACAUUCGGUGCCACUUCGAGCACAAGUUAACCAAAGCCAACAUCAACGAGGGCGUCAUGGAGUUCAAGCAGCCGCAUCGCGAGGAGGUUGUCUCGGCCACAGCGGAUCUCAUUGUUGGUUGCGACGGAGCCUUUAGCAGCGUGCGGCAGCAGCUGGUCAAGCUGCCGGGCUUCAACUACUCGCAGGAGUACAUCGAAACUGGCUACCUAGAGCUGUGCAUCCCCGCUAAGGCGGGAGAGUUCCAGAUGCCGCCCAACUAUCUGCACAUCUGGCCGCGCAACUCUUUCAUGAUGAUUGCCCUGCCAAACCAGGACAAGUCGUUCACAGUGACACUGUCGAUGCCGUUCAAGAUCUUCGCCAGCAUCCAGAGCCGGGAGCAGCUGUUGGCCUUCUUCAGGCAGCACUACAGGGACGCUCUACCUCUGAUUGGCGAGGAGCAGCUAAUCAAGGACUUCUUCAAGAUGCGGCCCCAGCACCUGGUGUCCAUCAAGUGCAAGCCGUAUCAUUAUGAAGACAAAGCCCUGAUCCUCGGCGACGCGGCCCAUGCAAUGGUGCCGUACUACGGCCAGGGAAUGAACGCCGGCAUGGAAGAUGUCACCUUGCUGACCUCCAUUUUGGGGCAGCAGCUGCCGCUGGACGAGGCCCUGGCCCAGUUCACCGAGAAACGCUGGAAUGAUGCCUUUGCCAUUUGCGAUCUGGCGAUGUACAACUAUGUGGAGAUGCGAGAUCUCACCAAGCGCUGGUCAUUCCGCUGCCGAAAGUGGCUGGACACACUGCUGUUCCGACUGUUCCCUGGCUGGAUUCCACUCUACAACAGUGUCUCCUUCUCGAGCAUGCCGUAUAGUCAGUGCAUUGCCAAUCGCAAGUGGCAGGAUCAGUUGCUAAAGCGCAUUUUUGGCGGCACCUUCCUUGCCGCUAUCCUGGCUGGCUCUGCGUUCCUUGUACAGCGUUUUCUUUGACCUUGGACAAUAAUGCAAUAAAACAAUUGAUUUUGUU